GCCGCGGGGUUCGCUGUAGCGGCGCGUUGCUAUGGGAACGGGAAGCACCAUAGCACGCGUUGCUCUCUGGCCUCUCUGAUCCGCUUAUACUGAUCCUCCCCCAAACCCCUCUCUCGCCUGCUGUCCCUGCAGCCGCGCUGCCAAACGCUACAUACGCCGUGUCGCUGCUGAGGGGAUCCCAUGUCCCUGGCACUGGGUGAAAGCGGCAGCCCACGGAUCCCACGCAAAAGAGGAGGCGAAGGCGUCUGCCCACGCAUGACAGCUCCAAUGAAUGCUUCUGGCAGCGUGUGAAUGUUGCAGCCUACGGGACUCGCGUAGGACUGGCAUAGCUGUGGGCAGCCCACGCAUGGCGCUCUUGUAAAGUCAAUGUCGUUGCGGUGGCUGAAGCACAGCGAGCAUCAGAGAAGCAGGUGUUAGCCUGGCACCCAAGGGCAUCACUCCCGGGAUUAGGGAUCCGGCAGCAGGCUGCUAACCACUCCUUACUCCCUACACUGCACCAAUACUAGGUGUGUCAGCAGUGGGGCCAGCUGAGCCCUUGCCAGUUACCCCCGAUGGCAUCGCGCUGCUGCUGCUGAUUUCCCCUCGCACCUCCUUCUCUAUUCCCCCCGCCUCCGCCCCUCAUUCCCCUGCUCGGAUCUUCUUCGGGCGCUGCCAUGUGAAGCUCUCUCUUGGCUUCUUUGCCUACUCAUGUUUUGCCCAGUUAGACUCGCAGAUUCUCCCAUGCAUCCCACCGGCUUCUUUAGGAUGGAUUUCAGCCAGGGCAGCUUGUUUGGCUACAUAGAGGACUUGGAGGGACUGACGAUCAUCGAGAGACCGGUCCGCAGAAGCCUCAAGACGCCUGAAGAAAUUGAAAGGUUAACAGUUGAUGAAGAACUAAAUGACAUUGAAAGGGCUGUAUUCCUUCUCAGUUCUGGCCAAGAUAUUCAGGGGACAAGUGUUGUUGCCAAUCUACCAAUCUUAAUACGUCAGAGUCCUACAGAUACAUUGCGGAGGGUGGUGCCAAAAGUCAGAGAGGUUCUCCAUGUUGCAGGAGUGGAGAUGCAGCUAACAGCGGCUUAUUCUUUCCUGGCUAUUUUACAAGAAGAAUCAGUAUCAAUCCAUUCAUAUUGCCACUCCUUCCUGCAAAUCAUUUUACAGAAUCUGGAGCACAGAGACACUGGGGUUAGCAAUGCAUGGCUGGAUACCCUUCUUGCAGUUAUAGAAGUUUCACCAAAGGAGACCAUCAGGCAUGAGAUAUUAAAUCCACUUGUUUCAAAAGCCCAGCUUUCCCAGACUUUGCAAUCUCGUUUAGCUAGCUGUAAAAUCUUGGGAAAACUUGCAAGCAAGUUUGAAGUUCAUGUAAUAAAAAGAGAGAUACUCCCACUGGUGAAAUCCCUCUGCCAGGAUGUAGAGUAUGAAGUGCGAUCAUGCAUGUGCCGGCAGCUUGAAUUCAUUGCUCAAGGUAUAGGGGCAGAAUUAACCAAAACCAUGGUCCUUCCUGAACUAGUCGAGUUAGCUCGAGAUGAAGGCAGUAGUGUGCGUCUAGCAGCCUUUGAAACAAUGGUUAAUUUGCUGCCUAUAUUUGACCAUGAAGACCGAAGUCAGAUUGUCCUUCCAUUAGUGAAGUCUUUCUGUGAGAAAUCUUUUAAAGCAGACGAAUCAGUCCUUGCUUCUCUAUCUUUGCAAUUGGGAAAACUCUGCCAUGGUCUGCAAGGAAUAUUUACCCAGGAGCAGCAUAUUUGGUUCCUGGAGUUCUAUAAGAAGCUCUGCAGGCUGGGCCUACACCAAGAAAAUGGACACAGUGACAAUCAGAUUCAAAGCUUGGAGCUGGAGAAGAAGUACUUAACCGUGAGAAAGAACUGUGCUUACAACUUCCCAGCAAUGGCUAUUUUUGUUGGUUCAAAAAACUUUCAUAUAGAUCUGUAUGCCACAUUCUUUUGCCUUUGUCACGAUCCUGAUGUGCCAGUAAGAUACACUAUGGCAGUUGGCUUCUAUGAAGUCAGUAAACUUUUGGGGUCCAGUGUGUAUAUAAUACACAAGGAGCUGGUAGCUCUAUUACAGGAUGACUCAUUAGAGAUUUUAGAUGCUUUAUUAGAUCACAUUCCUGAAACUCUGGAACUAAUGACAAGCAGCGGUGAAAACUCAGCAUUAGAGAACAAGCUUAUGGUUGUUCCAGAUCUGAUUCCAGCCCUGACGUCAGCAGAGCAGAGAGUCGCUAACUCUUUAAAAUGGAGGAGUCAUGAGAAACUACUACAGAAGUAUUCCUGCCUUCCACACAUCAUUUCAAGUGAUCAGAUAUAUUACCGAUUUCUGCACAGAAUGUUUACUAUCAUUUUAACCAAUAAUGUCUUGCCGGUCCAAAAAGCAGCAGCUCGGACUUUGUGUAUUUUCCUGCGUUAUAACCGUAAACAAGAACAGAGACACGAGAUUAUUCAAAAAUUAAUUGAACAACUGGGCCAAGGCAAGAGCUACUGGAACAGACAGCGGUUUUUAGACACCUGUGAAUACAUUAUGGAGUUUUUUUCGAAAUCUUUUUUCUGUAAAUACUUUUUUUUAGCAGUCUUGGAGCUUACGAAUGACCCAGUCGCUAAUAUCAGAAUGAAAGUUUGCUACAUGUUGCCAAAGUUGAAAUCUACCCUAAAGCUCCCUGGGGAUAAGCAUUUGCUACAGCAGUUAGAAAUGUGUGUGAGAAAAUUGCUGUGCCAGGAGAAAGAUAAAGAUGUUCUGGCUGUAGUUAAAAAGACUGUGCUAGAGCUGGACAGAAUGGAACUAUCUAUGGAUGCAUUCCAGAAACGCUUUUAUGAAAAAGACUUGCUAGAUCAAGAAAAAGAGAGAGAGGAACACCUUCUUCUGGAAAUGGAGCAAAUAGAGAGGGAAAAACAGCAGAGUGAAUCAAGAUCUAGUAAUGAAAAGAACUUCGAUAAGAAACGCAGAGACAGUAAAACAGGAUUAGGUUUGCCAAAAAAUCUUCCUGCUGUCAUUCCAGGAAACUCAUCAAGCACUCCAACAGUUGUAAGCAGAGAAGGCAAGAAGACCAAGUUAAUGCGCAGCCAGUCUUUCAGUAGCAACGUAAUUCAUCCCAAGCAAAGCACCAUCGAGAAAUGUUCAAACAAAAGUAAUUCCAUGUUAGGUGUUGGGAAAAAUAUGUUGCUUCCAUAUGUAGACGAUGCAAUUAAAAGUCGUACAAGCUGUGUUGGUGGGUCUGUUACUUUCACUAAUUCUACAGCAUCUGCUCCACGGAACACGGUGUCAUCAAAUGACCAGAAGUCAAAUGGCAGCAAAGACUCUCAGUCCCGAAAGCUUAGCUUGAAAAGCAGAAAAUCAAAAGCGUAACUGCCUGCCAGGUAACAAAGGAAACCAAAGAAACGUAAUGCACAAAGCUGCUGCAACAACAGCCAGUGCUAGCGCUGAAUGGAAAGAUGAGCUUGUAUGUUGCUGUGCUAAACAAUAUCCUAGCUGAUCUCCACUUGGAAGGAGAAAAUUGCUUACGAAUAGUGUAUUUGCUUGUGGGGAUGGCUUUACUAAGCAGCCAAUUGGGAUGGGUGCCUCAUUAUCAUGUAUGCAUUCUUAAGCUCAAAGCCAAUAGGUGGGCCUCUAGCUUGGACAUUCCUACUUCUCGCUAUAGCAGAACUAUAGAAGCAAUCCCCAAGCAGAGGUUUUCCUGUACUUCAGCAGUUCAGCAGUUUUCCUGUACUUCAGCAGUUCAGCAGAACAUGGGCCAUCUCUCAGAAGCACAAAGGCACCUGGAAGCAUACCGUGACGUCUAAGUGCAAAUAUCUUUUCUACAAACCGUUCCCCUUUAUCACCAAACAUUUAUUUUGUAUAUACAUUAUUUAAUAUUUUGGAGUAUUUCAGAUAGUAUUUUCUCUUUAUCUAGUGGUUAAAUAUGCUGAAUAUAGUUUUAUCUGUUACUACAAAUGACUGUACCAUGCUUUAGCUAUGUCCCUUACAAUUGCUUGUAUUAAUUCAAUAUUUCCUGGUUCCAAGAACAUAGUUUACCUGGAAAUACAAAUCUAUAAAAAAAUAUGAAGCUAUUGUCAGCUUCCAUAUUUGCAGUGAAAUCAGAAUAGGUAUAUUCAUAUAAAAGAAGUAUUUUUUUUCAUUGUAUUAAGAUUCUACAGAAAAAGUCAGUCCACUCUCUGUUGUUUCUAAAUGUGUGUGCUCUUCCUUUUUAAAAAGUGAAUAAUAAAGCACUGAUUUGUUGAAUACUUAGGACAGCACAAUGCAUGAUUCCAAAUAAAACACAAACACAUUAAUACAA